AUGGCGUCAAGAACUCAAUUUGAAAACUCCAAUGAAGUUGGUGUGUUCUCAAAACUUACCAAUUCAUACUGUUUAGUUGCUGUGGGUGGAUCUGAAAACUUUUACUCGUCAUUUGAAGCCGAGCUUGGAGAUGUCAUACCAAUAGUGCAUACAACGAUAGCAGGUACUCGUAUAGUCGGUAGAAUGACUGCUGGAAAUCGAAGAGGUCUAUUAGUUCCAACACAGACCACCGAUCAAGAGUUGAUGCACUUGAGAAACUCACUACCCGACUCAGUAAAGAUCCAAAGAGUUGAAGAAAGGUUAUCUGCUUUGGGUAACGUGAUAUGUUGUAAUGAUUACGUCGCAUUGGUGCAUCCUGAUAUCGAAAGAGAGACAGAGGAGUUGAUUGCAGAUGUCUUGGGAGUCGAAGUGUUUCGUCAAACAAUUGCAGGAAAUGUGUUGGUAGGCUCAUAUUGUUCCUUGAGUAACCAAGGUGGAUUAGUACACCCACAAACAUCUAUACAAGAUCAAGAAGAGUUGAGUAGUUUGUUGCAAGUGCCAUUGGUGGCUGGUACUGUCAAUAGAGGUAGCAAUGUCGUUGGUGCUGGAAUGGUGGUGAAUGAUUGGUUGGCAGUUGCUGGUAGUGAUACUACUGCACCAGAAUUGUCCGUCAUUGAAUCAAUAUUCAGAUUGCAAGAUGCACAACCAGAUGCCAUUGGCGGUAACUUGAGAGAUACAUUGAUUGAGACAUACUCUUAG